AUGGACUCGUUCAAUUCCUCUUUUGAGGAUAAGCAGCCCUUUCCAUUACUGCCUGAUGGCCCUGGGUCUCCCGAUGACCCCCAAGAAAGCUAUGAUGAGAGCGUCACCUCUCCCGGCUACGACGAAAUCGAGGUGGAGGAUGAUGCAGACUUCCAGUCUCACUACUCACUAGAACAUCAAUCGUUCUCUGAUUCGGAUUCCGAUGAGUCGUCUGAGAAUAUUGGACGAGAUCACCCCUUCCGCCAGUCCUCCAGCUCGCUCCAUGGCCCGAAUGCAUUUGCGCCGCCAUUCUAUAACCGUCCGCCGACCCCUCUACCACCCUCUCCGUCACUUACAUCCCUUCUCCGUCCACCCUUCUCGACCACUACGUCACGUCCGACUACUCCAGAUAGCUCAGAUGUAGAGACACCCAACGAUACCGAGGCGGCGGUCGCCAAGUCAGCGCGCCGAGCAACGACCGUGCCACGCGCCAGUCCUAAAGUACCCACCUAUGAGUACUACGGCUUCGUGUUAUACUUGGCUUCUUCCUUGGCUUUCUUAUUCUACCUCCUAUGGUCUUAUCUACCGUCCCCAUUCCUGCACCAGCUCGGUAUUUACUAUUACCCUAACCGUUGGUGGUCGCUAGCGAUCCCCGCGUGGCUGGUGAUGCUUUUGAUUUAUAUAUACAUCGCGCUCGCUGCAUACAACACUGGCUAUCUCACAUUACCUAUGAACAGCAUCGAGAACAUGGUUGAUGAGGUUGCAAAUGUAUCUGUCAUUGAUGGAAAGGCGCGGCGGCGGCCUGGUGGUGCAUCGAAAAUGAAGCCUGGUGCGACCUCAUAUCAAAUCAUGGGUCCUCAGAAUCGCAAAGUCAAUUGGGGAGAAAUUUGGAGUGAAGGAACAGACGCUGUCAUGGAUGUCCCGGUAGGGGGUGAAAUUAACCGCAUGAAGGCGAAAGCUCUCCGAGAACAACGCGAGGCCGAACUGGCGCAAGCUGAUCUUCGUGCGCAACCCGCCCAAGGCGCCAAACGCUCAUUCACAACUAUGGCCGCCUCGAAUCAACCUGCCAACGUGCGUGAUGCUCGCGCAAAUAAUGCUGGAGAUCGUCCAGAUUCGAUCAAACCGGCCCGCAACUUCACGAGCUAUGUCGACUAUGAUUUUAGCAAAAUGACCGAUACAAAGGGUGGAUUCUUGACCCAAGAAGAUGACCCAUUUAAUAAGCAACUUCAUGUGAAAGAUGACAAGGAGGAACAAAAACCCGCAAAUAUGACCCAAAAGGAAUGGGAGCGCCAUCAAAUACUUCAAAACCUAAAGCGGAAUCGCGAAGGCCCUUUCGAGCCUGGUCUUAGUGUGCUGGAUGAUAAAAGCAAACAAAAGAAAUGCCGCGAAUGCAGUAGUCUCGAGAUUGACUGGAAAUGGGAAGAAGAGCUGAAGUGCUGCAUCUGCCAUUCCUGCAAAGAGAAACACCCUGAGAAAUACAGUUUGUUGACUAAGACCGAAGCCAAAGAAGAUUACCUUCUUACGGAUCCUGAACUUAAAGACGAAGAACUACUUCCUCGUCUGGAGCGUCCUAACCCACACAAGUCUACUUGGAACAGCAUGAUGCUAUAUCUACGAUACCAAGUGGAGGAGUAUGCAUUUUCAGAAAAGAAAUGGGGUUCAGCUGAAGCCCUAGAUGCCGAGUUCGAACGACGAGAAAGUGACAAGAAGCGCCGGCGAGAAGCCAAAUUCAAAACCAAACUGCAGGACCUCAAGAAGCGCACGCGCGUGGAGGCAUACCGACGCAAUCGGCAAGGUGCUGCUGGAGGAGACUUUGGCGACGAUCUCGGCUCUGGAAGGAAGCAUGUUCAUCAAUGGGGUCGAGCAAUUGACAACCCAGAGACCGGGAUUGGGGUCAAAACCUGCGUAGAUUGUGGGAUGGAGGUGGAAGAACUGGAGUUCUGA